UUAUAAAUAAUAUUGGUUCGUUGUGCCGAACUAACACAAUUAUACGUCCUGCUUCGCUUGUCUUUACGCGAUCUUAUCAUGAAAAGACUAUUAGAAAGAAUUUAUUACAAAUGCUUACGCUUGAUGUAAAUACUAAUGUCUUGGCAAAUUUCUUUUUAAAGGUUAUUGACCACUAUGAACGUCCUCGUAAUGUUGGGUCACUUCCACGAACAGAUCCAGACGUUGGAACUGGACUUGUUGGAGCACCAGCUUGUGGUGAUGUUAUGAAACUUCAAAUUCGUGUUGACGAACAGACUGGCAAGAUCGUUGAUGUUAAAUUUAAAACAUUUGGAUGUGGCUCUGCCAUUGCUUCGUCAAGCUAUAUGACUGAACGAGUGAGAGGCAUGUCUCUGGAUGAAGCCAGUCAAAUUAGAAAUACCGAGAUUGCAAAGGAAUUAUGUUUGCCCCCUGUGAAGCUUCAUUGUUCAAUGCUCGCAGAGGACGCCAUUAAAUCUGCAAUCAAGGACUAUAAAACAAAGCGUGCAUCAACAUAA